ACGAUAAAGCAGACCCAUCAAAUCGGAAGGUUGUCUGCAUUCAACCAAUCUCUGUGCUACAGACGACGGUGAAACCGCUCAAAUCUGGCGGCGUGGAGGGCGGACGUUUAGCAAUUGUGUACCUUCAAGGAAAUAUGAAGAUUAACGCAAGCUCCAAAAUGGCUACCCCGAUAGAAGAGAAAGUUGAUCAGAAUUUGAAGACUCGCACCGGUAUGGUUAUGAUAAGCGAUGGUAAAAGCAAACCGGAGUUGGCUCGGCUACACCUAUCGAUGGAGAUGAUCACCAUUCAGAAGCAGGAUACGUCGACACCGGCGCCCACACCUACCAGUAUUAGUCAUCCGCCAAUAGAAUCUAAGGAACGAAUGGUACAAAUAACCCGACAGAAGGUCGGCGGUCUAGGUCUAAGCAUAAAGGGUGGAGCAGAGCACAAACUCCCGAUACUGAUAUCACGGAUCUAUAAGGAUCAGGCUGCCGACGCAACAGGUCAACUAUUUGUAGGCGAUGCCAUUAUCAAGGUCAAUGGCGAAUACAUCACAGCUUGCCCGCACGACGAUGCCGUGAAUAUCCUGCGAAAUGCUGGCGACAUAGUGGUGCUGACUGUGAAACACUAUCGAGCCGCAACGCCAUUCCUACAGAAGCAGUUGAGCCGAGAGACACCGGAGUCGGACAAUGACGCAACCUGUGCCGAGCUGAAGGCGGAUGAGGUUUGGAAAUCGGCAAACAACAGCAGACCAGUUUCGAUCAGCUCCGAGCCGGAAAAUCGAUGGAUUGAUUUAGUGUCGGUUCCUCUCAUGAUGGCCUACGUGACCCGCUACAUCUACGGUACGGACAAGCUGCGACCGAACGCAUUCGAAGUGCGAGGACUCAAUGGAACAACGACCGGAAUCAUCCACUGUGACGAGUUAGCCAUCCUGAGCCAGUGGCUUAAAUACAUCACCGAUAACAUCGUCGGUCUGACCAGCCUGCAGAUGAAAUUGUACAACCGCAACUUUCCGGUCGGUGAACGGAUCGAGUACAUGGGCUGGGUGAACGAAGGGGUCAUCAGCAAUCACAUCUCGUGGCAGAGCUACAAACCGCGCUUUCUGGUGCUGAAGGGCACCGAGGUUAUGCUGUUCGAUGCACCCCCGCUAAAUGUGGCCGGCUUGCAGAAGGCUACCGUCGCGUACAAGGUGUACCAGACCAUGUUCCGGGUGGUGAAGGAAUCCGAGACGGUAGAUUCGCGGCAACACUGCUUCCUGCUGCAGAGCUCGGGUCACGAGCCUCGAUAUCUGAGCGUGGAAACGCGACAGGAACUGUUGCGAAUUGAAAACAGUUGGAAUGCCGCUAUUGUAACUAGUGUAAUUAAGUUAGGGCGUAAAACAUUCGCAGUAUCUCACCACGGUAAGACUGGUGGCCUGACACUGGACUGGCAGGCCGGAUUCUCACUGACUGAAGGCGCCGAUGCCAGCGUGAUUUGGCAGUAUAAAUUUUCACAACUGCGAGGAUCUAGUGAUGAUGGUAAAUCGAAACUGAAAUUGCACUUCCAGGACCAUGAGACACGUUCCAUAGAAACAAAGGAGCUCGAAUGUCAAGUUCUACAAAGUUUACUCUUUUGUAUGCAUGCGUUUUUAACGGCUAAAGUUGCUUCCGUUGAUCCGGCCUUUUUGAGUUCGAUUCAGCAGGCUUGAAUUUGCGCUGAGGCUGACGCCGACGGUGACGACACGGGAAGUGUGCUGCAAGUGACUAUUGUAGAGUUGUAGAAGCUUAGCCGCCAAUCGUCGAACGCGUGAGCAAACGUCGUACCAUUUGCAAAAAAAAAUCGGAAACAAACAAUCAAAACUAAUGACGUUCUAGAACUGGUGUCCAGUUCUACGCUAGGUUAGCCUAAUUCCACAUCGCAUACACAGACGAUGAUAUUAGUCAAAAUUAGGCCGAGUUCUCCAGAAUUGAUACAUUUAAGUGACUCAAAUUGACUGAUUUUCACACACACACAAAAAAACGAAUGCUUUACUUGUAAACGAAACGAGGUAGCAGACUUAUUUGUUUUAGGCUUGCUAAACAUCCUAGUAAAUUGAGGGAAUCGGAAACGCCGUGAUAAGGUACGGUGCCGAUUCCUCGUGUUAUUGAAAGGUGCUAAUUAACAAACACGAGAGUUACAGAAAACUAUAUCCAACCUUCUCCCCCUAAAAUCCUAAGCUGGAAGGAACGUGAAAACUAGCAAACUGUUAAGUGAAAUUGAAAACUAAGAGCAAAAAGCGAAAGUUAUUCGGGGAAAUGAAAUUGAAAACCAAAUAGAUUUGAAUAUAUUUGCAGUGAGCUCGUUACAGGACAGGCCGGUUUAGAGUGAAUUCAAGUAUAUAGAGUUAAUUAGAUGUAAAAUUGUGCUAACCAAAGCAUUUUCAUGCGUAAGCAGAACCGAGCAUGUGUGAAGUUAGAUGGAGGUGAAUGAAAUAAACAAAAUUAUAUCGUAACAAAAUCAAACUACCGAGUACAUGCGAUACACAUACCGAACGCAGGCGAUACGAGAUCGGUUACGGCAUGAUGAUUGACUGACUAAUUUCCAUAAUGGUUUCUUUGAGUUACUCGUGUUUCUUAUUUGAUAAAAGUUUCUGACUUGAAUUAACCACAGAAAACAUUCAAACCACAUCUGAUGAACCACCAUGAAAAAAGAAAAUUUUAUUAUCGUCAAAUGAGUGCCUUCCGUUGGAUCAGCGUACGAAGGUGCCCAAGAAAUCAUUCAGCAGCUUGCCAGUAUAGGACCCGUGUGCAACGAUUUUAAGAUCACAGGACUUUUCAGUAAACUGUUGAUAAUAGUCUUUCGGCGAACACGAUCCUCUGACUUAUUAAUGACGCGUUAAUUAACACAAACUAGUUUUAUUAUCGAUUGCGCAACUCAAAAUGGGCACUGAUUUAUGACAAAUGAUAGUUAAAUUAACUACAAGGCAUUUCAUUAGUAAUACAUGAAAAAGUGGGAAUAUAUCAACAUACUUACCAUCAGUAGAUGAUCGUUUUUAUAGAAAGGUUUAAAAACAUUCAAAAGCCUGGCUUGUAGUGUAUUGGCACUGUAUGGGACUCACGACUCACAGUCGGAACUACGACAAGGUAUUACUUCGUGGGGGGAUCGUGCUUUCGUCGCACUUCUUUCUUCUGCUCUAUCUCGGAGCCUCACUAGGUUCAUGAAAUAGCUCGACAUUUAAGCUUUGAUUUAACUCUCGACUCUUCUCUUGCUUAUUGUCUCCAUUUAUUACGUCGCCGUUUAACUCUCAUCCCCGUGAGUCGUGAUUCUUUAAGCCAUUUAGCUCCUGUUUUCGUGAGUCAUUCAGCUCCCGGCCUUAUCACGAUUUACUUGGCUAGUCCCCGACGGUGAAUUCACCGUACUCCAACCGAUAGUUCCCCGAAACCUGCUUUCUUGGGUCAUUUUGCUCCCGGCUUUAUCAAGAUCAACUCGGAUAUUAUCCUUCUCCGAAUGAGAGUUUCCCCGACAACAGAAUUACUCUUGGUACCAGUGUUUGUUUCGUGAGCCAAUUGGCUCCCCUUUUUCGUCACGAGCCUGUCGGGUAGUCCACGGCGAUGAAUCUUCCCUACCGUGAAUUCCCCUGCGGCAGAUUGCUCCCGAUACCGAAGUUCGUUUCCGUGAUCCAAUUAGCAGUGCCCUUCAACCCGAUCUACUCGAUCUAGUCCGCGGCAUUUAGCCUAACCUAUUCAACGAGCCAGCCAGUAUCUGCUGAAGUCAUUCCUGCGAUUAAGGGUAGAGUGCAGCUUUCGGUUCACUGGCGCCCCAAAGAUAUAUCCACUAUCCACUGCUAGCUAUUCGAUUUAGUAUACUCGGUCUAUACCCCGGCGGUGGAUCUAGCCCACUCACGAGCUACCCGGUAGAGUGUUGAGGUUGGCCGGCGGUUCCGGUGAAGCCUGACGUCUGGUUCACUGGCGCCCCGACGAUCCGAACCCAUGCGGCGCGUACUACUCAACUGAUCCCUGGCGGUGGACCAAGUCUACACUGUCGGAGAGUUCCCCGGCGGCGAAAUUUCUCCCGAAACCCAAUUUGUGGUUUUCCGGCGGCGUUCUAGCCAAUGGCGCUACUUUUUUAGUCCCUUCGCCACCUCUUCUGCAGCUCGGAGAACCACUCUGUUGACAGCGUCCCAGAUAUGCUCAUCGUGGCACAUCCCUUUGACGACUUUGACGAAACUUUCUGUACAUGAGAACUUUGUCACAAAAAGCCACUUUGCAUACUUUGUUUUUCCAAAAAUGAUCUAGACUCUCUUUUAAAAAGGGUCAAACUUUUUUACCAAUGUUUUUUCAAAUGGCUAUAGUCUAAAAAUGACAAAUCCUACAAAAAAUGCUGUAGGAGUGAUUUUCACAAAUUUAGUCAAAUUUGCGAAUAAAAAUAUUGAAAAAAUUCCUCAUCGACUCCUACACUGAAAAAAAUCGAUUUUAAACAUUUAAAGUCGAUUUACCAAAAAAAACAUCUUUGAUUUGGAUUCAGUGUAUUUUUAUCGAAAACUAAACCAAUGAAAGUUAUAGUCAUCUCAGAAUCUAAUUUCCCAACUGCUAGUUGCCACAUGCAAAAAGUAACAGUAACGAAUUUGGUAUAGCAUUUCGAACUGGACUGGAACAAAGCCGACGGGAUUCUUUUAACGGAGAUCUGGUACUAGAACACUUAGCGCACGACCAGACAACAUGUUUAAUAUCGCGAUAUCCGCCACCACAAACGCAGAGACCGCUCUCCACGACCAGGGCCGGCGGAAAGCGUGGGUAGUAUGGGUAGUACUACCCACUCGAAAAUAACCGAGUGGGUAAUUACCCACUCGAAAUUUUGAACCAUUUCAAAAAAAUUAGAUGUGCAACGCAUGUAUCUCGCACUACACACAUUUGAAAACAUCGAUGUACCACAAUUCCACUUGCAUGAACGAACGUGAUUUAAUGUGAAUGUAAUGUAAGCGUAUGCAUUGCGAAAAGGGAAAAAAAAUUCUUACUAAUGGACCCCUCACCCUAUGCUUUCUACCCACUCGGGCGUAAAGUGUUUCGCCGCCCCUGUCCACGACCCCAAUACGCCGGAGAUUGGCAUUCUAUGUAUAAUGAUUGUAAAUGACCCGAGAUAUCACUCGAAUGAAGUCAUCACCCUCAUCCAUUCUCUUGGACCAAGGUUUGUUGAUACCUUUGGGAUUCCCGAACUUCCAUCGCUCCACGAAAUUUGCCAAUUUUCGAGCGUCCUCUGAGAAGAAAUAUUUAAAAACUCGUCGAAGCUACGCAAUCUUUCAUAAAUAUCACAUUCUAAUACCUAAAUGUCCACCUUCUCACUAUCAUUCUAAUCCAAGUGUCCGCCUUCUCAUUACCUGGAAUGGAGCACUGCGUAAAAACUCAAACAAUGGGAUUACCUGCUAUGAUUUAUCAGAUAAAGUACUCAAAAACUUCCAUGUUUUCUCCAGGACAUACAAAGAGUGCUUUCCAUGCUCCAUCAAACGUAACGAUGUAGGCAUGGUCGUUGAUAGGUAAAUAUAAAACCAUCAGUUUUGUGGGGAGAAUGUUAACAGCACAGCCUCUUUUAUAAUUGCACUCACCACUACUGUCAUAAUAGUUAGUAUAAAAGCGAUGUAUAGCUGUCAUCAUAUGACGAACGUUCCGUGUAUUCCAAUCACAGGAUGAAUCGAGUACACAACGUAGGCCCUAGCCACCAGACGAAACAUUGUUUCUCUGAUUAUCCGUCCGUUAAUCCGUCGACAAACCGGUGCCAAUAAUCGCGUUUUUCAGCUUUCAUCAAGUUUUUCAUUUGAAUUUGUGGCGUCGCGUAUAUUGGGAAAAAUUCGGGCGAUCCGACGUUCAAAAGUCCCUUUCGCGUACAAUUCUAAGCAAUCUCUGCCUACAACGAAGUAGGAGACUGUUCACGGUUGUUCGCGUCGGGUACUCGUUUCGUCUGACCUUUAAUGGUAGUGAAAAUGCAUUGUGUAAAACCUGGGGGAUAAUGAAAGAACUGAAAUAUAUGGACACUUGGGGCUUUUGAUGUCCCAUGUGGAAAUUCCUGCUAGUUUCUAAGAUUACCGAGACCACGAACCACUUACUUCGGUUUUGUAACAGCACCCUUCAAGGGAUACUCUCAGACAUUACAAGAUGUUCCCAUAAUGGGAUGGUCAGACUCUCGCUUUUUAGUGUACAAGGAAACGUAGAAAUUAGUCGUUGUCGGUGGCGUAGCGCUCUUUUGCAUUUCUUAACGGAGCGUUCCUAAUAAGAAUGUUUCAUUUUGUCCCCACAUAAAUUAUAUGCGGCAUUUGUCGAGAGAUCAUGCGGAGUCUCUCCACAGUAGGAAAAUUUUUCAUGAUUCUCUCCGCAUUUUCCACAGCGUGCCUUGUUUCUACAAUAAGUCGCUGUAGGCCCAAUUGUUUGCAACGACGGUAGUUCAUGCCUCGCGGCACAAAAAGGCGAACAAGUACAUUAGCCCCAUCCAACAGAUCAAAAUUUAGAAGAGCAGAUUCGGCGAAAGGUUCGAAAUGAGGCUGAUGGAAAAUAAGUUGUUUUCAUAUACUCCUUGAUUUUUCCUGAACGCAAUUGCUUGCACACCAGAAUAUUCACUGGCCGAAGCAAAGGGUUCUUGAAGGAGCGAACUCCAUACUUCGCAAUUAAGGCCCCUGUUGGAUACUACACCAUCAAUCUUUACUAGCCGGGUGGGUACAUACACGGCCAAGUGGUAUUUACUUAAAUCUCGCAUAUAUCGAUAAUUUAAAAUGGCUAAUUACCUAUCUUGGGACAAAAUUUCAUCCAAAUUAAAGAAGAGGUUUUUGUAAAUUAACUUUAAAGUUUUUCAAUGAAAAAAAAAUUUCAAUAUUUUUAUUCACAAAUUUGACUAAAUUUGUGAAAAUCACUCCUACAACAUGUUUUUGUAGGAUUUGUCAUUUUCAGACUAUAGCCAUUCGAAAAAAAUUGGUAAAAAAAGUUUGACCCUUUUCAAAAGAGAGUCUAAAUCAUUUUUGGAAAAACAAAGUAUGCAAAGUGGCUUUUUGUGAUCAAGUCUUCAUGUACAAAAAGUUUCAUUAAAAUCUGAGAGGGUGCUGCCAACUCUGAAUACGAUUUAGCGCGAAAUUCGUCUAUGUUGGUCUACAUGAAAUGUAGUUGAAUGGGUAAAGCCCAUUUCAGGAUACACACUUUAGAAGCAAUCCUCAAAUGGGCGUAAAAACAAGAGAACACCAAAAUUUCAAUUCCUUGAAAUAGGUCUAAUAAGGACCGAAACGUCGGAAGAAGAGAACGUACAGGAGUUCUUUAUCAAAAACAGACUGAAACGCCGAUUCCUAACCUAAAGAAAUAUCGGGCAGACAACAACGAUCGAUGUACGGUAGUAUCUCUACUGAGUUACGCCACGGCAGAGUUCUAAGAGCAAAACGGAGGGAUCUUACCUAUUCGGUUGAUCCACAUGCUCGUAUAAGGACACCAAAUGGGUGCUGAAGCUUCCAGGGAAGAUCGAAUAAGUGAAAAAUAGAGUGCCCGUAAACAAUAUGGUUCAGUGAACUCUUUGGCGAUUCUUAUAACGAAGCCGAGAUUUCGAUUUGCCUGUGCUAUAACAUGAGAGUAAUGGUUUCUGAAUGUCAGUUGGAAGUCUCUGAUAACUGUAAUUCUUUCUAGCGAUUCCCCGGAGAUGCUGUAGUUCCAGAGUAUUGGAUUUUUUCUGCGUGUAAAAGAUAUUAUGGAGAACUUGGACACGCUGAGAGUCAGCAAGUUUCGAUUACAUUAACUACAGAAGCAUCUAAGUGUUACUGUAGUUCCAUGCAAUCUGAAAUUGACCAUACAAUGAGAAAUAGUUUGAGAUUAUCGGCAUAUAUAAGUUUACACCCUGGAGGUAUAACAUAACUAACGUCAUUAAAGAACAACGAAAAAGCAACGGUCCUAGAUUGCUCCCUUGAAGCACUCCCAACAAGUUGAUGAAACUGUAAGACUCGUUAUUUCCUCAUUUUACAGAUAGAGAACGAUUUACGAGAUAUGAUUUAAGCCACUCUAUAAUAUUUGCCGAAGCGCCCAGCCGCUUCAUCUUUGCCAGUACAAGAGCAGGCUUGAGAUCCGUGUAUAUAGUAUCGACCUGAGAUCCAACUAAAAUAUUUUUAAUACAGAGCGAAGUGAAUUGGGCUAGAUUGGUCCUUCGAAAUAUAUGCUUUGGUAACUUUGACCCAGCACUUUUUUAAACUCACUCAGGGGCGGAUCCAGAAAAAAGGGAGGGGUCUGAAAUUUCGAUUUUAAAAUGAGCUUUGUGCAAUUUGUAAUAUCAAAUUACUUUAUUUAAGGGGUUGAAUACCCUCUCAUUUUUUAACAAAUCAAAAAAAAUUAUUGCUUUAUCUAAAAGUAAACUCCCUGAGAAUAUUCUCCCAAUUUUUUUAGGGAUCUGAGAUUUGGUCGAAAGCUACAGCGCUUCCCAGCGAGCUUCGUCUACCAAGAGCAGUGGUAACUUGAAAUUUUAAACUCGAUUAUCUCAAAAUGUCGUUUAUCCAAAGAUGGUUUUUCCGUGAUCAUAAUUGCCGGAACCGAUUUUCUUCGAUUUUUUUCAAUUGAUCGUAAUUAAUUUUUAUCGUACCUUAACGAUUCCUUUUAUAUGCUUAAAUUUUUGUGUAGUAGGUGAGAUUUUUUAAUACAAUUUUUAGAACUUAAAACAACAAUUUUCAAGAAAAAAACGUUCCCGAAUGCAAGAAAAAAAUUACUAUUUAUUCAACUAAUCGUUAAGGUGCUAGGAAUACUCAUAUACUAAUAGAAUUUUUUGCGUUUUGGGAUUUUAGUUGAUCUAUUGAUCUUCAAUCGUGAUCUCUGCAAACCUUUUAAAUAAAAAAGGGUUUCGGGGAAAAAGCAAUAACUCCACCGGUUAUUAAUAUAUUUUUAUAAUCUUAUGCUUGUUUAUUUCACUGAAAAAUAUAAUACCAAAAUACUAAAAGUUUAAAGUAAUGAAAUCAUUGCUUUAUGCCUUUACAUAAAUUCAGAGUUUCUUAACAUGAUUCUGAGUUUGAAACUAACAUAAAAUUGAUCCUAAUUAAAAAUCCUCAACAAGUAAAAAAAAUCGGAGGGGUUCCGGACCCCCGGGCCGUCCCCCUGGAUCCGCCACUGAACACACUUGAGAAAUAUUGCCCAAAUAGGCCACAGAUGCCGCUUGGGAUGCUUGAUGUUUCAUUUGCAAGGAACAUACUGGAAGGGGGGUCCAUUUUCUUAACGUUUCCCGUUAACCAAAACUGCUUUGGAUUUUAUUUCAGGUUCGAUUCAGGUUUGUUCUACGAGUCUUGAAUAGAGAAAGAUUUCUUGGAACUGUUGCUGGCUUCAAUAAACUCUCGUUUUGUAACGGGGCUUCGUUGGCUAGUGUAAUUUCAGGACCAGUGAAAAUUUUUCUACGACAACAUCUACAUCGAUCAACAAAGUUUCCCAAUGGAUUGCCUACAAUGAGUUUUGAAGCCUAGGUAAAUUAGUCUUCGAAAAAUUAAACUCCUUGACAUCCGGCAUUUCGUCAUAAAUAACCAACUGGGGACAAAUCUGCGUUAUUCGAAGAGUAGGACGAUGUGCGUCACAAGCAACUAAAGGCUUCUGAAACGGCGCAGUUAAUAGAAGCUUCUUCAUUUACGAAAAGGAGGUCCAAGGUUCGAUUUCGUCUGCUAUUUACCGUGCACGUUUGCAGCAUGUUCAAUACAACCAUUCCAAGGCAAUACUCGCUUUCGAAAAGGUUGAUUCAGAAGGGUCUGGGAAGGCAUAACCGGAGGAGGUACUUUUCCAUAGAAGUCCAGGUUGCUUAUAAUCCCUAAACAGUAGAUGAGCCGUGCUGGAUUGAAUGGAAGUUGCGAUGUCAAAUGUUUCUUAAUAAUAUCAUAUCUCUUGCGGAGUCGGGGAGAAUAUAAACUACACCCACACAAAUAUUAAUACCGCGACCCAUAGUUGUUCGAGAUCGUUUGUAUCAGAUUUAUGUUUAGACAAGAGCCGACUGGACCCUGCAAUAAGCACACCGACACCACGUUUUUUCCCUGUACUGUUAGGAUCGCGAUCGUUACGGUAAACCGUGUACUUUGAGCCGAAUAAUUGGAAUGAAUUUAUUUGUUCAUUCAGCCACGUUUCGGUUAGAACAAUAACAUCUUAUUAGGCCUCUGAAACAGCGAUGAACAACUCGUCAAUUUUGGUGCGUAGUCCUCUCAUGUUCUGAUAGUAGAUACUAAGAUGUUCCUGCAAGUAACGUCCUGAUGGUUGAGCAUUAGAAAGAUGAGCGGCGAUGGUGGUGGCGUCCGGCUGUAAUGGGGGUGGGGUUUUCUAAAUUUAUUGACCAAUUUUCUUUAAAAUGUAUCUCACCGAUUGUUUCUGGACCAAAUUAAGCCGAAGAUAUGAAUAAAAGUUAAAAAUUAUUACUUUAUUUGUAAAGAAAAUUUAUGACACAUCAUAAAAAUUCUACCAUCAACACACACUUAUGACACGUUUGAGUGCGACUUUUGUUCAUACUUUAGGAAAAACUCUCAAUAUAGCAAAUCAAUCUUCGCAAUAUUUGAGAGAAUAAUCAAGAGUAGAUAGAAGCAUAAAUUGUCUUCUCUGAAUUGAUUCUAUUAUUUCCAUCCAGUUUCAAGAUAUUCCAUCUCAAACUUUAAAAAUCAUUUUACUCGUAAUGAUAAAUGAUGCUUGUGAUAAGCAGAGUCAUAGCGCGCGGUUGGCCAGGUUGGGCCCCGCUAAGGGUGCCAGCUGUAAGAGUGGCGCCAUAAUCUUGGCCUGAUUUAUAAAAUAAGUGAGGUUAAGUCAUAAAAUAAGUCAGGAUAGGAGUAUUGUUCCCAUGUUAGAUUAAUCUUCGAAAGUCGAACUGAAAAAGAAAGCGCACAACUGAGACCCUAUCAAAGGCGCCAGAAGACUACGUUAUGGUCCUGUUAGUCCAGAAUAAACAACGAACAAGACAAAGACUCAAAAUUUCAACAAAAAUUGCGAAAAAUUUUGCAAACUUUUUCCGCACGUUUUCUCAGUUUCAUAGAAACAAGGGUAACGUAAAUGUGGUUAUGGGCAGUAAAGCAGGCCACUUUUUUAAAGCUGUCGCAAAGAUCGCAGAGAAAGCUAGAUUAAUUAUUAUCGACAAAAUGACCCCAUGCCGUACCGUAAAACUUGAAGUCUGCUUGAUGCCGGGAGGAGUUCCGCACUACUAUAAAGCUGCUGAUUCCCAACCUAGGUCAAACCAAUCCCGCACUCUGGUUGAAAUAUCACAUGAGAUUUUCGGUGUUCCUGGAAGCGUUGGAAACCCCAUGUUUCUUCUUAAAGUUCUAGGACCAGGUGUUGUUUGCUUCGGAUUUGUGGUAGAGCCUAUUGACGGGCUCCAAAAAAUGUUAUUGUUACAAACAACCGAUCCUGAACCGAAGAAAACGCAAAGCAGUCUCGCCAAAGGUCACUAGUUCGAAGGGUCCCGUUUGGAGCGAAUGUCAUUCAAAAUCUUCGUUCACUGGAGCAAGGCUCUUUGAAACAGCCAAUCCCGUAGAUCCACGCAUGCCAAGUUCGAAUCGAUACCUACACCAUUGAUCUCAACUUUGUGAGCUGGUUUGUAAACACGUUAGUUCUUCAUAAAAGUCUUGUCGCCAGUAACGUCAUUUGUUUGCUUUAGACAAAAUAUCACAAUUCUGAGCUUAUCGAAGCGAACUUUCAAUAUAUCUGGCACAGCUGAAUAUUUCUGAGUCUUGCGGAAUAUUAGUAUACUUAACGAACUAUCUUUGAUCCGUAAGAAGAUCGGAUACGGUCGAACGCAGUUCAAUGUGUUUGAUUUUAAAUGGAAACUCGGAGGCUUUGAUGACAAAUCUUGUUCGACAUCCAGUUUUUUGGGAUCAUUUGGAUCAUUCCAGGAAAGUUCAUUUAUGCACUUGCCUAGAGCCAGACGCAAAGUGAAAACUGUAGAAUAUGAAAGAAGAGACAGAAAUCAUGCGGACAAGUCUGAACAAAUGAAUAAUGGCGUCACCUGUUUUCACUCGAUAGAUGACUGGAUGCAACUUAUUUUCUUAAAAACCGGGUCGAAGAAUAUGUGCAAAACUGAAUCAGCAAUAGAUCAUAAAAGCAUUUUUGGUGCACUUGCUUUUGCAAAAAGAUGGGUGGGCGCUGUCUGGAGUAUAACCGGAAUGCCGUGACGGCCCUCGGCCUGGUAAUUCAAAUCUAAUGAUAUGCACCCCAAUCAAGUUCCUAAAAUUGUCUCCUCAGUAUACUUGAUAGAGUGCCAAUAUUUAUGUUCAUCCGGAAUUUUCAAACGUUACACACCUCAAAAGUAUUGCACCUCUAAAAAAUUUCCCAUGCAAAAUUUGAGCGCAAUCGACAAAAAAUGUCAUGAAGCGUCGAGAUAUGGUGCAGUGUUGAAAAAAAUUUCUGCGCGGCCUUUUUUCAAUUGUUCUGGAAAGAAGAAGAAAUAACCUUUCCAACAUUUUGCUAUGUUAUGGUAUUUUGUCAAAAAUACUUAGCGAUUUUGGGACAACAAUAUAAAAAAUUUGUGAAAUCAAAAAUACAAAUUCUAUUUCUGAAUAUUUCUUUACUUUCCUAUUUUGCAUCUAUGCCAAAUUCCUCUCUAAGAACAAAAAAUGGUUUGAAUCCACUUUAUGCGUGUGCUCUUCACGCAUAAAGUAGUUUUGACCAAGUUUUUGCCGUGUUCAACCAGAUAGACUUUCGGUUCGGACAGUCCGGCCUAGCAACGGCUAAACUUUAAUACUCUUCUUAACCAUUAUUUUGAAUCAAACCCAGUCAAUCAUCUCGUCGCGGCCGUUUGCGAAUCCCAUACCCCUUAAAAAUCAAUUUACCACAAACCUUAUAAUCAAAAGAGGCAGCUUGCCAAAAUAGUCCCACCAGAGAACAGAUACGUUUUUAAGCAAAGAUGAUGAUGAUGAUGAUUAGCUAGAAUAUUCUUAGAUCGAAAUUCAAGUAUCUAUUCAAAUUUCUACCAUUUAUGGCGUCUAAAAUAAACCUUUGAAACGGUAAUUGAAUGGGCACAAGUACAUUUUAAAUAGCAAAUUAAUACAAAGUUGUAGAACAUUAGCAAGCAUCGGUUGGUGGUUCCCGAGAAAGGCCAGCUUACAACAAAAGUAGGUUGCAUAUUAAGCUAGUGAAUUGCUUCCGCAUAACUUUUAAUUGGAAUUGCAUUUAAGUAUGAUGUAGCAUUCGAAUGGUACACAGUGAAGAAAAAAAAACGAUAUUUACUAAUAGUUUGGCUUUCUUUUUCUAGAUAUAAAAACGCACCGCUGCACAUUCAUACGCACGGAUCACUCACUUCUAAUAGAAUUAGUAGACACAUGUGACAACUACAAACCGGAACUAAACCAAAUUCUUUGCCCUUUGUGAAAAUUAGGAGGUUUGUGUAAUCUAACCUCAUCCAUUGAACGACACGUUAAUGAAUUGCCAUGACUUCCAUAUUGUUAAAGUUUGAAAUUAGUAAAACAUAGUUAUUUAUUUACCAUUUUUUGCGCUAUAAAAGCUGCUUCCACGCUAUAAAUUCUCCAUUCUAAACAUAAUUUGAAAACAAACGUUCAGAAUAGGUUAAACAAACUUGUUCACAGAGAAAGUGUUUAUAUAUUUAUCGCAAACAUAGUACCUAUAUAUUUACACAAAACACCGGCAAGCACCGCUGCAAUAUGUACUGAGUGUAAAACAGUGUAAUUUUAGUAUCCUUACUAGCACCACGUCGCCAAACAAAUACUUCUCGACAUAGGCGUUAAAUGUUUGCAGUAUGUAUCUUUUUCGAUAACCAUCAAUUAGAUCAAUUCUCAUGCGCAUCAGCAAAUGGCAUGACCAACUAGAACAUCCCGAAUUACUCAAUUAUAAAGCUCAUAAACGAAUUAGUACCUUUUUACUCCGGAGAAUAAAAUACAAAAAAUAUACAAAGAAA